CCCAAAUUCAGUUGCCUUUAAAUAUUGUACGGGUCAAGUGCAAAACCGAGUGUUGCGAAAUUGACGAUUUCAUAAAAAAAAUAUGUCGGUGCUUUGCGAAUUGGUGGAGUCACUUUACGACAAUUGCCAUAUGGAGAAGGGAUAUACAGGUAUGAAUGGCGUAAACUCCUCCUGGACAAUCGAUCAAAUUCGUCAGUGGUUAAAAGAAGACAGUCCCGUGUAUGUAAAUAUCACCACCUCAAGGACCACAGAAAGCUCAAGCAUUUCUUCCAGAAGUCAGUUAGGGCUAGCCUUAGAAAGGAAUCAACAGAAAAGGAAACGCGACAGGAAUCCGGGAACGGACGUAAAUCGAAGACGGCCUUACAGUUUUGGUAAACUGUGGGAGUUCCUCAGAGACUUACUCCAUGACAGAAGCACUUGUCCAAGUUUGAUCAAGUGGCACAAUUAUGGCGAAGGAACUUUUAAGUUUGUACAAGGCGCCAAAGUGGCGAAACUGUGGGGCUCUCGCAAUAAUAACAAAAAUAUGAGCUACGAUAAAUUAUCUCGUGCUAUGAGAUACCACUACGGAAAUAAAGUACUACUUCCAGUCCAAGGGCAAAGACUUGUGUAUAAGUUUGGUCCUAAUGCGAUUGGAUGGCAAACGGACUCUCCAAUCCUAAAUUGACUCUUCCACGUGUGAUACCUUUAAUUUUAUGUUGUGCAAUAAUGCAUUUUAGACUUAUUACU